AUGGAUCCAAGGGAAGAUGCUUAUGCUUUCCAAGAUGUCCAUGUGAUGAUUUUCGUGGGCUUUGGCUUCCUCAUGACCUUUCUUCAACGCUAUGGCUUUGGCGGUGUUGGCUUCAACUUUCUCCUCGCUGCCUUUGGGAUCCAGUGGGCUCUCCUGAUGCAGGGCUGGCUCCAUACCUUUCAGCAUGGGAAGAUACUCAUUGGAGUGGAAAGCCUGAUUAAUGCAGAUUUCUGCGUGGGUUCUGUUUGUAUCGCCUUCGGUGCCAUUUUGGGCAAAGUCAGUCCCGUCCAGCUCCUCAUUAUGACACUGUUUCAAGUCACCUUAUUUCUGUGGAUGUACUGGCCCAGCUUUAACUCUGCCGUUUCCAAUCACGGGGACGCACAGCACCGGGCGGCCAUCAACACCUACUGUUCACUUGCUGCGUGUGUCCUGACUUCGGUGGCUUUUUCCAGUCUCUUGCAAAAGAAGGGAAAGUUGGACAUGGUCCAUAUUCAAAAUGCCACCCUGGCGGGAGGUGUGGCUGUAGGAACUGCUGCUGAAAUGAUGCUGACCCCAUACGGUGCCCUCAUUGUGGGCUUCAUCUGUGGCAUCGUGACGACCACUGGAUACGUCUACAUCACACCUUUCCUGGAUGCUAAGCUCCAUAUCCAAGACACCUGCGGCGUCCACAACCUUCACGGAAUGCCAGGUUUAAUUGGAGGCAUUGUGGGGGCCGUCACUGCUGCUGCGGCUACAGAAGGAGUCUACGGAAAGAAAGGGCUCACCAACAUGUUUGACUUCACCGGAGAAUACCAGGAUCGAACGCCUAGCAUUCAAGGUGGAUUCCAAGCGGCUGGCAUUGCAGUAUCACUAGCUAUGGCUCUGGUGGGAGGAGCUAUUGUAGGUGGCAUUUUGAAACUGCCCUUCUUUGGCGACCCUACAGAUGAAAACUGCUUUGAAGAUAAUGUCUACUGGGAA